CAUUGUAAAAUGUUUUUUGUAUUCGUAUUCGUGUAAGUGUGAGUAAUAAUCACCUACUUAACGAAAUUUGAGAGACAACACAACAAGUAGUACAAGAAGAUCUGAAGAUACAAAGAAAUAUUCAAGUACCUUAUAAAAUAAAUAAUUAUUAAUUAAUAUUAAAUAAUAGUAGGUACCUAAAAUAUUUGCAAUUUAACGGCAUUUAAGCAAUUAUACUAAUAUUAGGUAUAUACUAAAUACGUACUAGUGCCUAGUACUCUAGUGUCAACUGUCAAGUGUCAAGUAUUUGAAUAUUGAAGUAUUCAAGUAUAUUACAGUAUUACAGUCAUUACAUAGUCGUCAGGCCAGGCAAGGCUUAUAGAAAUAGACUUGUAUCGUCACUCGUUAGGUACCUAUACGACGAUUGAUGAUAAUCACUUAACAGUGCUGUCACAUGGAACAGCCGCGACGUCAAUUUAUCUAAAAGUUACGUACUGAAUUAGCUAUUUACGACGACCGUUUUUCCUAGUAUUUAAUAAUUGAGGACCGUAGUCCCGUACGUCUGCUCCAGUCUUUACAUUUUGUUAUUAUUUAAUAUUUUUGUAUUAAUUUAAAUCCGUCUUCAAUACCAGCGUUGCGUGAUAUUCAGAAAUUAAAUCCGUUCUUAACCGAAUUGAUGUUGAUGGUUUUAUAAAGCUUAUAUAAUCGAGGCGAUCGUCUCGCUACAGAGUACAGAUUUGCAAAAUAUAGACGUAAUGUCACUAAUUACUGAAGACGAGGUAAGCAAUGUUCAUUUGUUGAACGAUUCUUGGAAACUUUGGUAUUGGAAAUUCAGCGGAACUGUGGUCCCAGAUGUCAACUGGAUCAAUAAUUUGCAUGGAUUAUGUGAGUUUGACAGUGUUGAAAAAUUUUGGAGCAUAUUUAAUCAUAUUAAAAUGCCGAGUAUGUUAACGAUUGGCUGUGAUUACUCUGUAUUUAAAUCAGAUAUAAAACCAAUGUGGGAAGAUCCGACAAACAAGAAUGGUGGACGAUGGUUAAUAAAGGAUAAUGGACUAUUAGAUCAGUACUGGAUGGAUAUUUUGUUGAGUAUGAUUGGAGGCAUGUAUGAUCCAUACGAUGAUUAUAUUUGUGGUAUUGUUUAUAAUAGGCGUCAAUACAAUAAAAUAUCUGUUUGGAUUUCUUCAUGUGAUACAAAUAUUGUUAAUGACAUUGGUUCAAAACUCAAGCAUUACCUUGAUACAAAAGAAAAAUUUAAAUUUGAAAAACAUAGUGAAUUUUGGAAGAAGAAGACAAAUUCACACAAGAAAAAUUAUUUAGGCCAAUUGACACAAACAAAUAUAUAAAUUUUAUAUUAAGCAAUCUGUUUUAAUUUAUU